UCUUCCUCCUCACACCAAAAUUUAUAUUUUCUCUAUUCACAAACAAAGCCACCUUUAUCUUUUUCUCUCUAUCUCUUUGUUAGCAAAAAAUGGAAGGAAGACAAUACUACCCUCCGAGAGAAAACGUCGACGGAAACAGAACCACCAUGGGAGGACCUCACUCACCGUGGCAUUCACCUGUUCCAUAUCUCUUUGGUGGUUUAGCUGCCAUGCUUGGUCUUAUAGCUUUUGCUCUUCUAAUCCUCGCUUGCUCUUAUUGGCGUCUCUCCGGUUACCUUGACGGCGAGGAAGACCAGAGAGAUCUCGAGGCCGGAGAUGCGAAACCUGAAAAGAUGGCCGUGAAGCCUGUAGUAGCUUUGCCGGAGAAGUUCUUGGUGAUUAUGGCUGGUGAUGUUAAACCAACUUACCUGGCUACGCCGGCGGAAAAAACUUGUACUUGUGAUGAUAAUGAUGACGACGAUGUAGAUGAUGACGUGAAGGGUAGUGAUCAGGUGGUGCGGCAGAGUAGUGAAAGUAACGGUACGGCGACACAUUGAGAAAAAAAAAACAGAGGGAAGUGAUGAGACAAAAAACAGAGGAUCGAUCUUCUAUUGUGAAACAGUUUCUUGAAGAACUGUUUGAAGCAUCUGACCCGGUUGCAUCGGGUAGUCGGGUCGGGUCAGAACUCUACAUGAUGAGAUUAAACCUAAUAAUCCUUACGGUGGAAAGAAAUUGGGAUUGGAUUGUUAGGAAGUGAUUUGUGUUUUGUGUAUUUUUAAUCUUAGCUUUUGCUUAGGUUUUUGUUUUUAGUUAUAAGUUAGUAAUUCACCAGUUUUGUUCCAAUUCUAGGUCAUGAUGAGAAGGAAAAAAAGUGUAAAUUUCUUAGACUAUAUGAAUGGGGAGAUUUGUGAUUAUAUUUCUUGAUUAUGUUUCAGUUUCACCAAAAAGAAAGUGAUGAUGUGAAUGAAUAAAAUUGUACUGUUAUGGUAA